AUGGCGAUCGCAUCGAUCGCCAAUUUGGAAAAAGUUGAAACCAGUCAAGGUGCAUCCAUCAAUCACACUGCGGAUCGACGAUCAAGACUUGGCGGCCCUGACGAAAGUGAAACUCAGAAAAUGCAAGAAACUGACCAUGUUGAUAACGUGGAUACAGGUUACAAAGCACCAGCUCCCCAAGAGUCACUUCGUGGCAUUGAGAAAUCGGGCGCUGCAGGAUUCUCCUUUUACGAAUCCCAGCUUACCGCCGGUGAAACUGGCGACAAUACUUCAACCCAUAACAGAUCAUAUUCGGGGACAAACUCGCAAAGUUCGAAUCUCAUUUAUUCUGCUAAUGGAGUUUCUUCCAAAAAUCAAAAACGCAUGCCAAAGAAGCUCAACAGAGAGAUGCUUUCGUUACCGACAAUUAACUCCGAGGGUCUCAUGAGCCAAGAAAGCGAAGUUGUGGUUGUAAAACAGCGUAUAGCGUACCUAUGCAUUGCUAUCUCGGCAUUACAGCUUACUUUAUUGCUGUCACAGUUGAUUCUCUGCGGCGUUGCACCUGUCGAUGUCAACCCAAUGAUUGGACCUUUCCCUGAUGCGUUUUCUGAGUGGGGUGGGAAAAACUCAUACCUGCUGAUUGAGCGCAACCAGUACUUCCGACUCCUAACUCCUGCGUUCCUUCACGUGGGAAUACUACACCUCCUGGUGAAUGCAUUCUGCCAGUUAGAAACGUGUGCUUAUUUCGAGAGAGAAUGGGGAUCCACCAAGUGGCUAGUAUUGUACAUCAUCAGCUCCCUCGGGUGUGUUGCAACAUCUUCUGCUGUAAAUCCUGACAGUAUCGGUGUGUGCAGCUCAGGUGCACUGAUGGGUCUGUUUGGUGCGAAGAUUGCCCAUGUCAUUACUUGGACUGCUUUCGACCUAAAGAACAAUGCAUAUUACGAUACAGUGCAUCUUGACCAACUGAGUGGCGUUAUGUGUAGUAUGGCGGUCAUCUCUCUGGUAAGUUCAUUCACGUACAUUGACUUCUCUGGUCAUGUGGGAGGACUUCUUGCUGGAUUCAUGGGAGGAAUGUUACUGUUUGCUCGCGAAAUUGCGUCCCCAUUCAUUCGAAUGCUUUGGGGAAGCAUUGGAUUGUUUGGACUGGUUGGGGGAUCCAUUGUCCUAGGGAACGUAUUGUUCAAUGAAACAUUCCCAGAUGAAGAUCUCGCCGAUGCCUGCUCCUACUUCCGAAAUCUAUUUCCCGAAGGAUACACCUGUGAAUGCGCGUGGAACUGA